AUGUAUGCGCCUAUGAGAUGGCUACCGCUUCUGGCCGCGCUGGGCGCUGGACAAGACGAAGGUGGUGAAGGUGCUGAGACGCAGCUCCUACAGCUAUCGCUUCACACACAGCUUGUCCAGCCCCAGGCUGUCGUUGAGUACCCAAGGCGUGACCUUGCUUUCGCGCAUGUUCCAUACAACUUUGGCCACACGGUGGAAGAGGUAGCUUUUGCUGGCAGUGGCAACUUGUUCUCAUACCUCACAGCGAUGGCCAUUGGCGAUGCUCCUGUCAGUACGAUCUUGCCGUCGGCUCGUCAACUCAACUUGCUUGAGGCCGCAAUGCAGCCGCAGGGCGAGAUCUGGGGGCAUCUCUACCCCUCUUUGCACGUGGUGUCCAACGUCACAGGCUGCCCACUCUACUUCACGCCAGGGAAGCAUUGGCCAAGGGAUAUUGCAGAGUCGUACUUCUCGAACAAGCAAAUCUUUGGCUUGCUCCGAGAUCCAUAUGAACGCCUGGUGGCAAUGUUUCGCGGUGGUGUGUCUGGAUAUGGGGGUAACUUCGCAGAGGAGCUGAAAACGUGUGAUGUGGAUUCCGCUGUGCGGAAGAUGAUGCUUCAAUAUCUUUCAGGUGAUAUUUACGCAGAAGGUUGCACUUUUCUUCCACAGGCAGAAUUCUUUGAUCCGCCCUUCGGGAUCACCGUGCCAGUUGAUAACCGAUGGUUUCCUGACACUGCAAAUGACGUUCUGGCAAAGCAUGGGUAUACAAACAUGAGAAUUGCGACUGAAGAUAUUAUCCACGUCUUCAACUGCAACGAGGUGUGGGCUGGAGAUCUAAGCUGCGACACAAAGGCGCUCGUGCGAGAGGUCUAUGCUCGGGACUUUGAACUUCUGUGCAAGUUCUUCGGGUAUUGCGACGUCCACGAAAAUGUUUGUUUGCAGAAAGUACCGCUGAUGUGUCCAAGGAACAUGUCGCAAAAGCUGCAAACUGCCAGCCGGUGUACAUAG